GCGUGGUGCACGCACGGGCUCACUAUCUGUCAGACAUGGAGCGCGGUGCCGGUGAGAGACUUUUGUCUCGCGCUCAUAAAAAGUAACAGGGGGAGUCUAAACCCCCCAAAUCUAGGGGAUCCGCGUGGCAGCCAGGAUCGGCAAUGUUCUGCAGCAGCAAGACUCCGUGCGUCAACGCCGCAGAGAGCUCCAGGAGGGCCGCAGACGGUCUGAGCGACUCCAUCAGGAGACUCGGGAUUCAGGACAAUGAAGAUGUCCACGUGAUGAUGCGGGGCUCCAGCAUGGUGAAGGUCCGCUCUUCCAGUUGGCAGAAGAGCCGCAGCCUGCGGCUGCUGGACGACGGGCUCACGGUGUGGUGUGAGUCCACCAAGAGCUCCUUCAAAGGCAAAUCCCAGCAGACCUUUGCAGUGACUGAGGUGGAUUGUGUGCGCGAGGGCUGCCAAUCGGACGCGCUCAGACGGCUGUCCGGUUCAAUGCCGGAGAACCAGUGCUUCUCCGUGGUCUUCAGAGGAGAUCGGAAGAGCCUGGACCUGAUGUGUCCCACGGCAGAGGAGGCCCAGCGCUGGGUGCGAGGACUUCGCUUCCUAAAGGAGCGGGUGGCCAGCAUGACGCAAAAGGAGAAACUGGACCAUUGGAUUCGUAGCUACUUGAAGCAAGCAGACCAGAACCAGGACGGCAACAUGAGCUACGACGAGGUCAAACGACUUCUCCAGAUGAUCAACAUUGACCUCAGUGAGCAUUACGCCCGCUCUUUGUUCAAGCGCUGUGACAAGUCUGGAAAUGGCCGCCUGGAACACAAAGAGAUCGAGUUGUUCUGCAAGGAACUGAUGCGACGGCCCGAGCUGGAUGCCAUAUUCAGGCGCUAUUCAAGCAAUGGCUCUGUGCUUUCCAUGCCGGAACUGCGGGAUUUCCUUGGAGAUCAAGGAGAAGACGCCUCUCUGAGUCAUGCUCAGACUAUCAUACACACCUAUGAGUUCAACGACAGUGUGAAGAAGAAGCUGAUGAUGACUCAGAACGGUUUCACCAUGUACAUGCUGUCUCAGGAAAACGAUGUCUUCAACCCUGAACAUGCGCAUGUCUACCAGGACAUGACCCGCCCCCUGGCUCAUUACUUCAUCUCCUCGUCGCACAACACAUACCUGACCAAAGACCAGGUCACCAGCACCAGCAGCACUGAGCCGUACAUCAAGGCUCUGAAUCAGGGCUGCCGCUGUGUGGAGCUGGACUGCUGGGAUGGAGAUAAAGGAGAACCUGUCAUUUACCACGGUCACACCCUAACCUCCAAGGUUCCAUUCAAGUUGGUCAUAGAAACCAUCAACCAGUAUGCCUUUCGGGCAUCUCCGUACCCUCUGGUCCUGUCCUUGGAGAACCACUGCUCUAUGGAGCAGCAGGCAGUCAUGGCCAAACACCUCCACACCAUCCUGGGGAAGAAACUCCUCACAAAGCCUCUGAGUGACCUGCCUUUGACUGAGCUGCCUUCUCCUGAGGACCUUAAAUUUCGAAUUCUGGUGAAAGGAAAGACGCAGUCGUCUCGCCUGGGUCAGAUGGGCAAAAGUGUAAGUUCUGCCAGUUUUGCGUCGAGCUGUGAAGACGAUGAGACUAGCAGCAACAAAAGCGCAUCCAAAAAGGAUCCUACAUAUGUCUCUUCAAAAUUGAGCCCGGAGCUGUCAGAACUGGUGGUUUACUGCAAGAGUGUCAACUUCAAGGGGUUUGACAACAUAUCCAACAUGCCUCCAAAUGAAAUGUCUUCUUUCUCUGAGUGUGAGGCUCUCAAGCUCAUCAAAGACUCAGGGAAGCUUUUUGUAAAACACAACACGAGGCAGCUGAGCCGGAUCUACCCCUCUGGCCAGCGUCUGCAAUCCUCCAACUUUGAUCCUCAGGAUAUGUGGAACAGUGGCUGCCAGAUGGUGGCUCUCAACUUUCAGACACCUGGGGAGCAGAUGGACCUUAAUCAGGGUCGCUUCCUAGCCAACGGUCGCUGUGGCUACGUGCUCAAGCCCAGCUUCUUGUGCAGCCCUACGUCCAACUUUGACCCAGAGAACACCGGUGGAGGCCCCGGCCACACACCCACACAACUGACUAUACGAGUAUUAACUGCACAGCAGCUGCCAAAAGUCAACACAGAGAAGGCGAGCGCCAUUGUGGAUCCGCAAGUUUCUGUAGAAAUUCAUGGAGUCAGUAUUGACAAUGCAAAAAACAAAACCCAUCGCAUUGACAACAAUGGCUUCAACCCACGUUGGGACUGCACUCUGGGCUUCCAGCUUCAGGUCCCUGAACUGGCUCUGGUGCGCUUUGUGGUGGAGGACCACGAUCACACGGUCAAAAAUGACUUUGUGGGGCAGUUUACUCUGCCUUUCACCAGCCUACGCACAGGUUAUCGACACAUCCACCUCCUGAAGGCAGAUGGCUCCAGUCUGUCUCCAGCUACACUCUUUGUCCAUGUGAAAGUGAGCCACAGAGGACCUCCAGUUCAAACCCUGUCAGAGCGUAUGGCCAUUGCUAAGAGGAAAGCGUGAAACACGCCUGAAAAUGGAGGAAAUUCUGCUUCUUUUGCCAACAAAGACCUUUAGAAGCAGAAACGCUGAAUGUGAAGACUCCCUCAAACUUAACCCGUCCAAUUUCUGUUCAGCCACUUAGUUUCUCAGAUGCACUUUGAGACUUUUUUUGGUCUAUUCAGGGCAAAAAUGAAGAAGAAAAGGAGCCUUAAACACCCUUAUAGGAUGCUUAAGUGUUUAAACGUACAUAACCUCCAUGACAGAAUUAUUAUUUUGACAUUUUAGUUUGUUUUGAAAACGUUUUUAACUGUUUUGUUAAUGUAAAGAUGAAGAGUACCUCAACAGAAAUGAUACUUAUAUGAUUUUUACCACAAAGAUGUGUAAUCCCUGUUUUUUUUUAAAUAUAUUUUAAUUUAACCGUUUUAGAGAUUUGUUAUUUUAUUACUGUGUAACCCAAGUUUUUCAAAAGAUUGAACAGAAUUUUCUUAAAUCAAUCUUACUCAAUACUUUGAGUACUUUAGCACUUUAAACUUACCUUUGAAAAUUGUUUUAACCAUCAUGCUUAGAAACCACCGAUAUGCAAGUACUGGUUCGGUAUCAUUUUACAAAUGUAUUAAAUUCUGGCCUCAAGUCUUGUUCAGCUCUUUGUUAUCAGGAAAUUGUGGAUUAAGACGCAACAGCUCCCUUAAAGCGUCACUGAAGGGAAUACUUAUAGUCAGAGAUAGAAAAAGAGAAGCACUGAGUUUGCCAUAAAUACAAUGUAUAUGCCUUAAUUGUUUUUGACUGAAUCUGUGAUGAGUGAACAGUUUGCAGUGUUAUACCUCAGUGCCUGUGUUUGUAUCAUGUAUCCAAGACUGUGUUUUUGUAAAGCAAUAAUAACACCACAAAAAUGAGACUCGA